ACAACAUCAACAACGACAACAACUUCUACAACAUCAACAUCAACAUCAACAUCCACAACAACAUCAUCAACAACAACAACGACAUCAACCACAACAACCACAACUACAACAUCAACAACGGCAGCAACAGCGACAACAACUUCUACAACAUCUACAACAACAACCACAACAACGUUAACAACAACAACAACUACAACAUCAACAACGACAUCAACAUCAACUUCGACAACAACUUCUACAACAUCAACAUCAACAUCAACCACAACAACCACAACUACAACAUCAACAACAACAUCAUCAUCAACAACAACAACUUCUACAGCAUUAACACCAUCAACCACAACAACAACGACGAUAUCAACCACAACAUCUGUAACAACAACAACUUCGACAACAACAUCAACAACACCAUCAACCACAACAUCUACAACAAUCACAACAUCUACAACAACACCAUCAACAACAACCACAUCUACAACAACAUCAACGAUAUCAUCAUCAACUUCGACUACAACAACGACAUCAUCAACAACAACAGCGACGACAACAAAAACAACCACUACUAAUAUCACUACGAUACCAGUAAUCUCUACUACAAUAACAACCACAACUAACCGAACAAGUUCAGCAGAUGGUGUCCAUGUCAUAAGUAGUUUAUUAUUAUAUUGUCUCUUCACAUCGCUUAUAUUGACAUUUGCCUUUGUUUGA